GCUACCUUCUCGUCGUCGCCGCGCGCGCCGUCCUCGCCGCCCAAGAAGACCCGCAAGAAGCAGGCUCGGCUGGCCAACCUGCCCGUAUUUUGGCCAAUCGCUGGUGUGUCGGCGCCGCCGCAGUUGCGUCCGCAUGAGGUGGACAUCGUGAACCGGCUGUUCAAGGUGGACAGCACUCUUAUUACGUCCACAUCGGACCCGACCGACCUGCCACAGUGGGACGUGCCUGAAAUAGCAUUCGCCGGUCGCUCCAACGCGGGCAAGUCGUCGUUAAUCAACGCGUUAACCGGCCAGAAGUCGCUCGUGCGCACGUCCAAGACGCCUGGACGCACCCAGCAGCUGCACUUUCUCAGCGUGGGCGGCAAGAAGGGCAGUCUGCCCGACCUGGCGCUCGUGGACAUGCCCGGCUUCGGCUUCGCCGCGGCCCCCAAGAAGGUCGUGGACGAGUGGCACGCGCUGGUGGGCGGCUACGUCGAGGGCCGGCGCGGCAACAACCUCAAGACGACCAUGCUGCUCAUCGACGCGCGGCGCGGGCUCGGACCGGCGGACCACGACUUCAUGGACUUUUUGCACGACCUGGGCGCGCUCUACCAGGUCGUGUUCACCAAGGCGGACACGGUCACGCGGAGCGAGUUGGAGAAGCAGAUCCAGAAGGCGCAGGAUGUCGCACUCAACGCCGAUCGCAUGGUAGGUGGGACG